AUGCCGUCUAUUUCGACAAUAAGAAGGCGACCAAGGCGUUUAUUACGCAUUAGUCUUAUUAUUUUAUUAAUUUUAUUUAUUAUAUUUAUUAUCAAUAAACUAUUCUCAUCCAACGAAAUACAAUCACUUUCUUGUUCUCAACUAUGUCCCUAUUCAAGUGAAUUAACUAAUAAUACACUUCAGUUUGAUUCAUCCCAUAUUAUUCGACAUUUUCCAAAUUUUGUUUGUCCACAAAAUUUUCGUAAUCUUGCUGAUUGGGUUUAUGGUUGGCCUAAUGAAUUCAAUGAACGUUUACAAACUUUAACAGACGACAAAAAAAAUAUUGUUCCAUGUCUACCAUCGGGUAGCAUUAUUUACGUUUGUAUUUGGUUUAUCGAUGAUUUUUUUACUAAAAUAUAUCCUCAUUUACAAAAUGAUUUUGUAUUGAUUACUGGCGAAGGAGAUAUUUCAACACCAACACAUUUAAAAUAUCUUCAAGCAGUUGAUUCAAAAAUCAUUCAUUGGUUUGGACAAAAUGGACAAUAUAACGUAUCAGCAUUUGAAAAAUUUACUCAUAUACCAAUCGGUAUCAAUUGUUUUCAAAUGGCCGAUGGUAUACAAAGCGUAUAUUCUCAACAAUUAAAUCAUACAUUACCACCCAUAUUUAAUGAUCCAGAUGAACCAUCUGCUUAUGUUCAACCACAGGAUAUAUCACAUCGAGUAUUAACAACAAUCACACCAACACAAAAUUUAGUACUCAUUAAUUUUGAUGUAGUUACGGAUAGAACUGGUCUUCGUUCACAUAUUCGAAGGACUAUGUGUUCGCCUAAGAACAGAAAAAUUUAUCCAUAUGUAACAUGUAUAUUUAAAGGUGGUGGUAUUGAUAUAGAAGAUUUACCAAAACUCUACGAACGAAAUCGUCAAUAUCCAUUUUGGUUAUCACCUCGUGGUGGUGGUCUUGAUUGUCAUCGAACAUGGGAAGCACUUUAUUUGGAUAUAAUACCAAUUGUAUGGAAUAGUUCAUUGAAUGUUUUAUAUGAGAAUUUACCUGUUGUAAUUAUAAAUGAUUAUAUAGAGUUAAAUGAAACAUUUUUAUAUAAGAAAUUACACGAAAUAUCGACAAAAAAAUUAUCAACACGUAAAAUAUAUCAAUAUGAAAAAUUACGUAAUGCAUAUUGGCGGCGUUUAAUACUCAAUAAAUCAAGACAUCGAAAUAAGAAAAAUAUCCAUAAACGAACAGAACAAUGUUGGCGAGCUAAAACUACAAUCGAUUGGCGUCGAAUUUUAUCAUUUUUCAAUCCAUUAAAUUUAUUCUAA